AUGGCGGGCGGCGCGGGGAGCGGCGCGGUGGGCGCGGGAAAGGGCGAGGACGGGACGUGGACGGUCGCGCGCCCGGAGGCGAGCGAGAGGGACGCGGAGGGCGCGCGCGCGAGCGCGAUGCGCGCGUACGCGUCCGCGGCGCGCCGGGACGACGAGCGCGAGCGCGCGACCGCCGCAGGGGGCGCAGGCAGCAGCGGGGCGGUGGGCGUCGAGGGGAAGCUGGACGUCGUGGAGGACGGCGUGGGCGGCCAGGAGAAGCUGAUUACGCUCGUGGUGUCUUCCGUGCCCGCGGGAGGAGGCGCGGCGGCGGAAGACCCGCCGUGCAACGCGUCCCAGGUCGAGGUGGGGCCCGUGUGCGCGACCAACCGUGACGCGGUUUCCGCCAUGCUGUACGUGGAAGGCGUGGAAGGCGGGGAGGUCGCUCGGGCGCCGUCCGACGUCCGGGACUGCAAAGCGCGGAAUCCAUCUGCAGGGAGACGGAGGGAAGAAGGGAGCGGCAGAGAGAAUGAUGAAUGUAGGAAGAGCGCGACCGCGAUGAUCACGAGCAGAAGCACGCCGGCCGCAACGCCCGCGAUUACGCCCGUGUCGGAGUGGCUGCGCCCCGCGGAUUGGACGACCCCCCGUGGAGUUGCGGUGGAGGAGCUGGAGGGCGUAGUGGUGCCCGAUGUUUCUGUCGCUAGAGACGUGGCAAGGGAACUGUUAAACAGCGUUGUAGAUCCUUCAGACGGGGAGGAAGAGUCGGAGUGUGAAAGGGAAGAAGAUGCGCUGGCAGAUGGGGUGACGCUUUGGGCAGUACUCGUCGGCGUUUGCUGCUGGGUCGACCGAAGCGGCGGAAAGGUUGACGAAUCCCCGGUUGUGCCGCGGGUUGAUACGGGCUGCAUAGUCGAGGUUGGAGGAUCCUUGGAUGUGGAUGUCUCGGCGCUCGUUGAGAUCGGAGCAGGUGUAGUCACGACUCCCUGUUCAGAGGUUGGCGUUGCGCCGUUCUGGACAGUGUUGGCAUGA